UGGAGGGUGCUGGACAAGAUGAUUUGGGGGCCAGUCUGGGUAGCGGGCUCCCCCUCCCCCACUCCCACUCCUGCGGUUGGGCGGCUGCCUAUGGGGUGCUGAUGGAGCUCCCAGCUUCCCCUUUCAGAAUGGAGUGGGGGCCUCCCUCCUCCUUCUGCAGCCCCUCCCGGAGAGCUCCAGUCAAUGGAGCACACCUGCGCACCCAGUCGGCCCACGGCCCGGCUUCCUGGGCCUGGCCCCCACUACAGAGACAGAGGCCGAGUCUCGCAGAGGCCCGGACCUGGCCCCGACUGCUCUGCGAGCAGGGGGUGGUGCCUGCCCCCAACUGCAGGACACUCACCCGCCUCCUUGCCUGGACUCCUCUCCACACACAUCCAUUUUCAAGGAGCCUCCUCACCUGCCUGCGUCAGAAGCUGUGGUGGGGCUGCUGCAGAGGGAGGGAGCCAGGCCGGGCCCCUGGGGCAGAGCCUCUCCAAGGCCUACCCCCUGCUGACCUCGGCAGGACUCUGUGAUGCGACAGACAAACGGGCCAACCUGGCCCCAAGCUCUCCUGUUGCCACAUCCAGAUUGGGGGCAGGGGUUCCCCCGGGGGAGGGUCUGCUCCACUGUGCCUGUGCUGCCUUCCCCACCGGCACAGGUCACCUGCUACACCUGCUAGCCGCACAGCACCCAGCCUGCUUGUCGUCAGCCCGGGCUGCCCACGAGAACCACCUGGAGCUUCGACCUGUGGAGGCCCAGCUCCCACCCGGCCCUGAGUCAGAGGCUCCGGGUAGGCGUUGCGCCCGUCGUGUCGUCCCAGGUCCACCCUGGGGAACAGGCACUGGGCUGGCAGGUGUCCCUUGUCCCUGCCGGUUGCUCCAGCUCUUGUCCUCCCUGAGCCCCUGA